GUGUGUGUGUGUGGUUACAGUGUGAUGUGGGUUAUGAACAUCAUCUGCAAAACAAGACAAACAACAAAAUACAAACAACAAUUAUUCUAUCUGCUCUUGCUCAUUUGCAUAUUUAGGCGAGAGGGGGUGUGGCUUGUUCCCCCGCCCCCCGGGUGCACUUCUGAGGAGUGUUUGGAGUGUGUUAGUGUGUUAGUGUGUGUCAGAUCGCAGACAUGCCCCGCAGGAGGAAGGAUCGCAUGCGAGCGGGUGCGUGUUUCGCUGCGAUCUUCGUCGUGCUCAUCCUCACCCUCAUCAUCAUCUGCACGGUGAAGUUCCCGAAGCGGGAGGAGUGUCCGAGGGGCAUGUUCAGGACAGCAGCUGUGGCUACAGACUCGCAAACAUGCUCCAACAUCGGCCGUGAUAUCCUGCGCUCUGGAGGUUCGGCUGUAGAUGGCGCUAUAGCUGCUUUAAUAUGUACAUCAGUAACAAAUCCACAGAGUAUGGGCCUUGGUGGAGGAGUUAUAUUCACCAUCAGGGAGAAAAACGGUAAAGUGAAAAUCAUUAACGCGAGGGAAACCACGCCGAAGAAUUUUAAAGCGGAUCUGCUGUCCGACUGCUCCAAUGUGACAGGUACGUUACCACCGGAAACACAAAACACACACGUCCUGCUUUUCUCUCUCUGUUUUAUUUUUCUGUCUCUCUCUCUUUUUAUCUUUCUAAUUCUGUCUUUCUCUCUUUCUCGUCUUCCUCUCUUUCUUGCUCUGUCUCUCUCCUUCUGUCUUUAUCUCUCUUUCCCUCUCUGUUACGCUCUCUUUCUUGUUUCUCUCUCUCUCAGUUCGUUGUUUAAGCACCCAGACGGAACGUUGUUACAGGAGGGAGACACGGUGCGGUUUGAGAAACUCGCCGACACGCUGCAGAAGGUUGCAGACGGUGGAGCUGAGGUGUUUUACAGCGGAGACGUUGCUCAGGCGCUGGUCAGAGACGUUCAGGCAGCAGGUGGGACUCUCACGCUGGAGGAUCUGAAAUCAUUUAAAGUUGUUGAAUCAGAACCCUGGAACGUUUCUUUGGAUAAAUAUACGAUGUACUUCCCUCCUCCACCAGCAGGAGGCGCCAUACUCAGCUUCAUCCUCAACAUCAUGGAGCGUUAUGAAAUGAACCCAACGUUUAUAAAAGGUAAUGAGAAGGUGCUAACGUACCAUCGCUACGUCGAGGCAUGUAAAUUCGCUAACGCCCAGAAGCAGUUUAUCAAAGACCCGAAGUUCACUUCAGAUAAGGAAGCGCGCAAUCUGACCAAGGUGGCGUUUGCGGACGAUGUGAAGCGGAGGAUCACAAAUAUUACCCAUGAUGCUCAGUACUACAACAUGAUGCCACACGCUGACACACAGGGAACCACACACAUCUCUGUGCUAGAUGGAAAAGGGACCGCCGUCUCCGUUACAAGCACCAUCAACUACAUAUUCGGCUCCAGAGUUUUAUCUUCUAACACAGGCGUCAUCCUGAACAACGAGCUCGCUGACUUCUGUGGCAGAACCACACACAUUCACCCAGGAGAACAGCCACCCUCCUCCAUGGCGCCGGUGGUCCUCUACUCUCCGUCUGAUCAACACACUCUGGUAAUCGGAGCUUCAGGAGGCAGUAUGAUCACCACCGGCAUGGCCACGGCGCUGAUGAAUUACCUGUGGCUGGGGAAAACUCUGAAAGAGUCCAUCAAUACACCUGUCGUAUACGUGGACGGAAAAAACCAACUCAGUUUUGAGAAUACACGUGAGGAUGUGAUUAAGGCUCUUCAGCAACUCGGUCACACCGUCACAGAUAAACCAUAUUUCUACAACUCAGUUAACGCCGUGUCCAAGCAUGAAGACGAGUGUGUUAAUGCCAUUUCUGACAAACGCAAAAUGGGUGUACCUGCAGGAUACUAAACACCACACACACACACACACACACACACACACACACACACACUGAACACCCAACACUAAACACCAUAUAUUAAACACCACACACACGCACACACACACACUGAACACCCAGUACUAAACACC